AUGAAGAUUGUUGCUAUUGAAUUAUUGCGUCAAGAUGGGCAAGGCCAAGAUCCCACUAUUCUAUCUGCUGCCUUUGAAGUGUCAUCUUUUGGCUACUUUCAACGUUCAGGCGUCCGUGAGAUGAUCAAUUUUUUCAGUCGUACGUUUAUUAAACGCACGGAACCUGGUCAGCGGCAAUCAAUUCAGCACGAAGAGUACAAUUGCCACGUGUACGUGCGUCGUGAUGGGCUGUCGGGCAUUGUAGUAUGCGACCAAGAGUACCCACCGCGUGUUGCCUUUGCGCUGCUUAAUAAACUCAUGGAAGAGUUUAACAAGUCGACUGGUGGCAGUUGGAAGACCCAAUCGGGCAACCCGCAAGAGUUUGCGGCAUUGACGAAAGCCCUGGCCGAAUACCAGGACCCUUCGAAGGCCGACAAGAUUUCAGCCAUCCAGAAAGAACUAGAUGAGACGACUGCUGUGUUGUCCAAGACCAUUGAUAAUGUGCUGGAGCGUGGUGAGAAAUUGGAUGACCUCGUGUCCAAGUCACAGGAUCUCAGUAGCCAGUCCAAGGUGUUUUACAAACAGGCCAAGAAGACCAACUCCUGCUGCAUUGUUAUGUAA